CUACAACCUGGCCGAUUCUUCUUCUUAACUCAGCAGUCAGCAGGGUCAGAGGUUGUACAGCUGCCACCCUCAACGGUUGUAGCCUGCAGGAGCAGCUCUGCCUCCUCUACCCAUGUCACUGCAUUCCUAUCCACCAGGCCACCAGCUCCUUCUAGGAAUAACGGGGCUGGGGCAGCAGGCAACUCAGGUGAACCAAGGUCUCCUCCCACAGCUGGGCAUGGCAGAAUCUGCACAGGCCCCGAAGCUGGUGUACCUGGUCACAGGUGGUUGUGGCUUCCUGGGGGAGCAUGUGGUGCGAAUGCUGCUGGAACGGGAGCCACGGCUCCAUGAACUGCGGAUCUUUGACCUGCAUUUGAGUCCCUGGCUGGAGGAGCUGAAGACAGGGCCUGUGCAGGUGACUGCCAUCCAGGGGGAUGUGACCCAGGCCCAUGAGGUCGCAGCAGCUGUGGCUGGAGCCCAUGUGGUCAUCCACACAGCUGGGCUGGUGGAUGUGUUUGGGAGGGCCAGUCCUGACACCAUCCACGAGGUCAACGUACAGGGCACGCAGAAUGUGAUCGAGGCUUGUGUACAGGCUGGAACUCAGUUUCUGGUCUACACGAGCAGCAUGGAAGUUGUAGGGCCUAACAUCAAAGGCCACCCCUUCUACAGGGGCAAUGAGGAUACCCCAUACGAGGCAGUACACAGGCACCCCUAUCCUUGCAGCAAGGCCCUAGCUGAGCAGUUGGUCCUGAAGGCCAAUGGAAGGAAGGUCCGAGGGGGGCUGCACCUGGUGACAUGUGCCCUGCGUCCCACGGGCAUCUAUGGUGAAGGCCAUCAGAUCAUGCGGGACUUCUACCACCAAGGCCUGCGCCUGGGGGGUCGGCUCUUCCGGGCCAUCCCAGCCUCUGUGGAGCACGGCCGGGUCUACGUGGGCAAUGUGGCCUGGAUGCACGUGCUGGUAGCCCGGAAACUGGAGCAGCAGGCAACACUCAUGGGCGGCCAAGUGUACUUCUGCUAUGACAACUCACCCUAUAAGAGCUACGAGGACUUCAACAUGGAGUUUCUGGGCCCCUGUGGACUACGGCUGGUGGGCACCCGCCCACUAUUGCCCUACUGGCUGCUGGUGUUCCUGGCCACCCUCAAUGCCCUGCUGCAGUGGUUGCUGCGCCCUCUGCUGCUGUAUGCACCCCUGCUGAACCCCUACACACUGGCCGUGGCCAACACCACCUUCACCGUCAGCACUAACAAGGCGCAGCGCCAUUUUGGCUAUGAACCCCUGUUCUCAUGGGAGGACAGCCGGACACGCACCAUUCUCUGGGUGCAGGCCACAGAGGGUUUGGCCCAAUGAUGGUAAGAGCUGGCGGAGUGGCUCAAGUGGUAGAGUGCCUGCCUAGCAAGGAGGACACCCUGAGUUCAAACCCCAGGACCACAAAAAAAUAAAAUAAAAUCCCAAUGAUGGUAAGGCUGGGGACUGACAGCUGUUGUAGCACAUCCAACCUGGUCCUGAGCCCUCUCACCUUGGAUGGGGAAGGAAGGCUGUGUCCCAGAGCUACAGGCCCUGGUGCCCAAUAAUGGAGCCCUCUACACUUUAAGUCCACAAGUCUUGAGUCUGGAUUGGGUCCCAGUGCCUCUAAGAUCUAUGGCAGGGUUUGGGGACAGGACCAUCUUCCUUCUCAGCUCAGGCCUGCUGGCUGGUUGACAAGGAACGAAUUCCUGGAUGGUCUCACUACCCCAUCCACUUCUGGCUUCUCAAGUAAGAGUGGCCAAGGUUCCAU